CAGUCACAGUUAUGAAUGAGAUUCAAUCCAUUAUUUAGACGUGGUUUAUCAAUGCGCUUUUGUUCUUGCCAUGUCUGGAAUUGAGCACGCGUCGACGCAGAGCAUCAGACCUUUUAGGUCCUGUGAGGAAUACCUCUACGCGAUGAAGGAAGACCUGGCCGAGUGGCUGAAGGACUUGUACGGCGUGGACAUUACGGUGAAUAACAUGGUGCAGGCGCUGGAGACGGGCGCGCUCCUCUGCGCUCACGCCAAUAACGUAACGCGCGCCGCCGACGAGUUUCGGCACCAACACGGCCGUGAGUGCGCGCACCUGCCCUCCUCCGGGGUGACUUACAUGAGCUCGGCUCAACCUGCAACCUUUCUGGCCAGGGAUAAUGUGUCCAACUUCAUCAACUGGUGUCGGAAUGAAAUGCGCAUCAAAGACGUUCUGAUGUUCGAGACAGACGACCUUGUCCUUCGAAAGAACGAGAAAAACGUGGUGCUCUGCCUGCUCGAGGUGGCCCGACGGGCCUCUCGUUUCGGCAUGUCCGCGCCCGUCCUUAUUCAGCUGGAGGAGGAGAUCGAGGAGGAGAUUCGUGAGGAGAAAAUGGAGUCUGUGGUCAAGAGAUGCUUGAUAAACACAGAGAACCUUGAUGAGAUGGUUCAAUAUCUGAUAAGUCGCUGCACUUGUCCCAGUCAGUUUCCCAUGGUGAAGAUAUCAGAGGGCAAAUAUAGAGUCGGAGACUCCAACACCAUCAUAUUUGUGCGAAUCUUAAGGAAUCAUGUGAUGGUGAGAGUGGGUGGUGGAUGGGACACCCUGGAGCACUAUCUGGACAAACAUGACCCCUGCCGCUGCACAUCUCUUUCCCAUAAACUGGCACAGCGCCCUGGCACUCCUGUCCAUGAGAUCAAAGCCAGGCAAAGCGGGCCUGAUGGCCAGGCUAUGUCUCAAAUCUCUUUGGUGCUAAGCCGAACCCAGUCCCCACUCGAUCCUGUAAUAUGGACUUCUUCUGGUCCCACCAGAAUCCAGAGAUCAGAGCCGGGGCUCAGGUUAAGACUAAGGGUCCCUUCCCAACAGACCAAAUCUGAUAUUAAGGACAUGCUGAAGUCCACUUGCAGAACAGGCAGAGAACCCAGUAGGGUGGCUCCGUCUCCACGUGUAACCAGUAGUCUUCCCCGACCAGCCCGCCAGUCCACCCCACCACCACAAGAGACUCAGCGCCCCAGUACACCCUUGGUCUUGCAGAAGGUCUACAGCCAAACCUUUACUCCACCACAGCAAGGGCGAGAUAACAAGCCUAGGCAGAAUUUGACUAAGUCUCAGAUUGUAUCAAAGCUGAGACAAAAUGCCACAACUGGACCAAAGAACAACAAGGAUUUACAAAGUGUUCCAGAGAAGCUAGGACCUUCAUUGGCAGCUCGACCAUUGCAGAGCGUUACACCGGUUCAAUGUCUUGCAACCAACAACAGUGGUUUGGUAAGGCAACAAGACAUUCAAGACAGUGGGAAUGCCAGAAAGAGCCCGGGGUUCAUUCGGACAUUUUCUCCUACAAAAGGGCUAAUGGGUGUUAUAUCAGGGGAUGGACAUACUAGGCUCCUUGCAUUAAAUGAAAAAGGCCAAUCAUCAGACAGUCCAUCCCCACCUACCAGACUUCAAAUAAAUGAGAACAGCCAACAGAGAUCGUCUUCACAUGGUGACAGAAAGCAUAACUUGGUACUUCCAAAGCACACUGUAUUAAAUUCUGUCAUCUAUUCUGACUUCAACAGGACCAUAGUGGAGCCGUCUCAACCUGUUACUGUUGUGAAUGCAGAAAACAAAAAUAGAGAUACAAAGAGAAGCUAUCUUUUUACUCCUCCUCCUAUCAGUCCUGCUCAGGAGGCCAUCCUGUAUCAGAGCCUUGAGGAAGAGAUCCUGUUUAACCUACAACAGCUUGGCAUGGACUCUGAUGGUGGUGAUUCAGAGAACGAGCAGGACAGUAGUCAGCCUGACACCCUAAUGAAUUCUCCAGAGAUUUCACAUAAGAUCAGGCAACCGUCUAUCCACAACACAUCCUCUGGUGGAUCCCGUUCAUCUUCUAGACAAACUAAUACAAGGGAUGCUAAUUUUGAAGCUGUUAUUGAUGAGCUUUCAAAAGGGAGGAGACCACUUGAGAAAGUAUCUGUUGAAAGUUGGGUGAACAAUUUCUCCAAAGAUCUCAGAGGCAACAAGCAAGAAAGUCAGACUAACACAAGAAACCUAAAUGUUUUCAAACCCUCUGUGGCAAGUUCCUGGUCAUCUCUAGGUUCAAGUAUAGAUUCAAAAGAAUCUACAGAACCAUCCAAUACUGCUGAAGCUAACAACUCUGAAACUAGCAACAAAGAGAAGCCGCAGGUCUCUUCAUCAUAUCAGAGGAGAUCAUUGAAAAAGCCAGAAAGGGUGCCCUCCAUCUAUAAGUUGAAGCUGAGACCUUGUAUGCGUCCAAGACGGGACAACAGACCUGACAAGACACCUACAAAGAUCCCCAAACCAAUUUGUUAUAGAAGUCAAAGCCCAGAAUACACCACUCAGAACACCACGUCCGUUAUGACUGAUACUCAGAAAGGUCUUAAUGUUUCUUCUAGCGCUUCCACCAAAAGAUGCUCAAGGAAGACCCAUCAAACUACAUCCAAAUUCAGUGCCACAAAGUGCAGAGGAGGAGACCAGGAGAUAUCGGCAAAUCAAGAGCUUGAAUUCUGGGUUUAA